AUGGAAGCAACUCCUGAGACUAAACCAGUAGAAACUGAGAGUCCUAGCUCUAGCAUUAUAAGUGAAAUUCUCUAUAGCCCGGUAAAUUUGCUGUUAACAGUGAUAAUAGUUGUGCUAGUGUAUAAAAUAAUAAGGAGCAAAUUUGGAAAAACGACAGUGGAAGUGCAGUUAAGCGAGCUUCCUAAAAUCCGAAAAGACAUGACUGUUGCUGAACUGCGUAAAUACGAUGGUACUCAGGCCGAUGGUAGGGUAUUGGUAGCGGUAAAUGGGUGGAUAUUCGACGCGACGCGAGGACGCCGCUUUUACGGACCCGGUGGUCCAUAUGCUGCAUUUGGAGGCAAAGAUGCAUCUAGAGGUCUAGCAACAUUCUCUGUGACCUCAUCAGACAAGGAAUAUGAUGACCUCAGUGACCUUAACUCUAUGCAGAUGGAAUCUGUCAAGGAAUGGGAGGCACAAUUUAGAGAGAAGUACGAUCUCGUCGGUAAACUAUUGAAGCCUGGGGAGGAACCGACGAAUUACUCUGAUGAGGAAACCGAAGAAACCGACUCGACCAGCCCCGACGACAAGAAGGAACAA